CAUGUGCCACUUCCUGAUGUGAUUUGUUGGGAGAACGUAACGCUGCGGUAGAGAUGGCUGAUUAUCCACCAGCGUUUUGUUUUUAGGGAAUAACACUGUGAAACAAUAAGAGACAUUUUGCACGAGGAUAAAGUGGAGAGCCGGGGGUAGUUGUUGCGAGCAGUGUUAGCACUCUCGUCACACUACACACCGUUUGCUCUCUGUGCGUGCGCUAACUUGUACCUGCUGUGCUAGUUAGCUCAGACAGUAAAUAGUCGCUAGCCAAGCUAGCCUUCUUACCGUUGAUUGCUAAAAUGGCCACCAUGGAAAAACUGAUGAAGGCCUUUGAGUCUUUGAAGUCAUUUCAGCAGCAACAAGGACCACCAACCGCCGAGGAGCUCGUACAGAGGCAGAAAAAGGAACAGGCUACCACAAAGAAGGACAGGGUGACUCACUGUUUGACAAUAUGUGAGAACAUUGUGGCUCAGUCUCUGAGAACUUCUCCAGAGUUUCAGAAACUGCUGGGCAUCGCCAUGGAGAUGUUUCUGCUCUGUAGUGACGACAAUGAAUCAGAUGUACGGAUGGUAGCCGACGAGUGCCUCAACAAAAUCAUAAAAGCACUGAUGGACUCCAACCUGCCUAGACUCCAGCUGGAACUGUACAAAGAAAUUAGAAAGAAUGGUGCCUCUCGGAGUCUGAGGGCUGCUCUGUGGAGGUUUGCUGAGCUCGCCCACCUCAUCAGACCACAGAAAUGCAGACCCUACCUGGUCAACCUGUUGCCAUGCCUCACCAGAAUCACAAAGCGGCAGGAGGAGAUGGUGCAGGAGACUUUGGCUGUAGCGAUGCCCAAGAUUAUGGCAGCUUUGGGACACUUCGCCAAUGAUGGCGAGAUCAAGGUGCUGCUGAAGUCAUUUGUGGCCAAUCUGAAGUCCACCUCCCCGACCAUCAGACGGACAGCAGCCAGCUCGGCUGUCAGCGUGUGCCAACACUCCAGGCGUGCCAGCUACUUUUACACCUGGCUUCUUAAUGUGCUGCUAGGUCUGCUGGUUCCAGUGGAUGAGGAGCACCCAAGCCAUCUGAUUCUGGGGAUGCUGUUGACCCUCCGCUACAUGAUGCCUCUGCUGCAGCAACAGGUCAACACCACCAGCCUCAAAGGAAGUUUUGGAGUCAUGAGGAAGGAAGCUGAUGUACAGCCAACACCUGAACAGCUGCUACAGGUGUACGAGCUGAACCUACACUACACACAGCACUGGGAUCAUAAUGUAGUCACAGCAGCCCUGGAGCUCCUGCAGCAGGUGUUCAGGACUCCCCCGCCAGAGCUUCUGCACAUGCUUAUCACCGCAGGCAGCAUUCCACAUGCCACCGUGUUUCGCCAGGACACAGAGAGCCGUGCACGCUCCGGCAGCAUACUUGAAAUCAUUGCCGGGGGAGGGUCUUCCUGCAGUCCGCUCCUUCUCAGGAAACAGAGAGGUAAAAUGCUUUCUGGAGAGGAGGAUGGGUUGGAGGAUGACCCUGAGAAGACAGAGGUCACCACUGGUGCCUUCACAGCAUCAGUUGUUGGUGCAGAUGGCUCAGCUACAGGCCAAGUGGACAUCAUCACUGAGCAGCCACGCUCCUCCCAACAUACCCUGCAGCCUGGUGAUUCUGUGGACCUCAGUACCUCAUCAGAACAGGGCGGUGGUGGAGGUGGCAUAUCUGCGUCAGACGCUCCUGAGUCACCCAAUGACGAGGAAGAUAUGCUGAGUCGGAGUUCCAGCGGUGGGGCCAACGUUACCCCAGAGACGGCUGACUACACCACACCAGAAAAUGCCACACCAGAAGGAGGGCCUUUAGGAGGAGGUGGGAUGCUGCUAGGCGCCAACGACCACUCACUUCCACCCAGUGACUCCUCCCAGACCACCACAGAGGGGCCGGACUCAGCUGUCACCCCGUCAGACGUGGCAGAGCUGGUGCUGGAUGAUAGUGAGAGUCAGUACUCUGGAAUGCAGAUCGGAACACUACAGGAUGAGGAAGAUGAAGCAGCAGCACCACCUUCCUCCCAGGAAGAGCCACCGGAACCGUUCCUGCAGUCAGCACUGGCUCUGAGCAAGCCUCAUCUCUUUGAUGGCCGAGGUCACAACCGGCAGGGCUCGGACAGUAGUGUGGAUCGCUUGAUACCAAAGGAGAUCUAUUCCGCACCUGACUGUCUAACUUGUCUGCCUGCUUUUCAGCCAUUGCGGAUAAAAGGUCCAAUUGGACAUUACACAGACGAGGGGGUGGAGCCACUGGUGUCCUGUGUAAGGCUUCUUGCCGCUUCCUUCCUGCUCACGACACAAAAGAAUGGUCUGAUCCCUGACAAGGAGGUGCGAGUGAGUGUAAAGGCCCUGGCGGUCAGCUGUGUUGGGGCAGCAGCAGCGCUGCAUCCUGAAGCCUUCUUUAAUUCCCUGUACCUGGAGCCGCUGGACGGUUUUUAGUCCUGUUUACAGCAGUAUAUCAGUGAUGUGCUGGGCCUCAUUGACCAUGGGGACCCCCAGAUCAGAGGGGCCACAGCCAUCCUCUGUGGAGCCAUCAUACAGGCCGCACUCACCAAAACACGUUACAAUGUACACGCCUGGCUGGCCAGUGUGCGGAGUACAACAGGUAACCCUCUGUCCCUGGUGGAUUUGGUGCCUUUGCUUAAGAAAUCUCUGAAAGAUGAAUCCUCUGUUACCUGUAAGAUGGCUUGCUCUGCAGUCAGGCACUGUAUCAUGACAAUGUGCAGCAGUACCAUGAGUGAACUUGGCCUGCAGUUGGUGAUAGACCUGCUGGCUUUGAGGGAUUCUUCUUAUUGGCUCGUUCGCACUGAGCUCUUGGAGACCCUGGCUGAGAUGGACUUCCGGUUAGUUAAUUUUCUAGAGAGGACAACUGAGACUCUGCAUAAAGGAGAUCAUCACUACACAGGGCGGCUGUGGCUGCAGGACAGAGUCCUGAAUGAUGUGGUCAUCCCUCUGUUGGGAGAUGACGAUCCAAGAGUGCGGCAUGUGGCUGCCUCUGCAGUCAGCAGACUGGUUUCCAGGUUGUUCUAUGACUGUGACCAGGGCCAGGUGGACCCAGUGGUGGCUAUUGCCCGAGACCAGUGUUCAGUCUACCUGCAGCUGCUUAUGCAUGAGACACAGCCCCCCUCCCAGUUCACAGUUAGCACAAUCACAAGGACGUACAGAGGCUACAACCUGUCUAACACUGUGUCUGAUGUCACACUGGAGAAUAAUUUGUCCAGGGUUGUUACCGCUGUGUCCCAUGCUUUCACCUCCUCUACCUCCAGAGCCCUAACUUUUGGCUGCUGUGAGGCUUUGUGCCUCUUGGCUUCAAAUUUUCCAGUGUGCACUUGGAGCACCGGCUGGAACUGUGGCUAUGUUAUGUCCGGUAGCAACUUUUCUUCCCGCUCUAGUCUCAGCCGCAGCAGAGGCAGGGCCCUCAGUUUGUCACAGUCCAGCAGUGCUUCGGCCUCUUCGGCCACCUCAUCUACACCAGACACUGAGCGGAGGAGUCUGACAGUGGGAAUGGCCAACAUGGUCCUCUCCUUACUCUCCUCUGCCUGGUUUCCACUGGAUCUUUCGGCACACCAAGAUGCACUUCUGCUUUCUGGCAAUCUGCUUGCUGCUGUGGUUACUAAAUGCAUGCGCAACCCCUGGACCGGUGAGGAGGACGGCAGCAGUGGGAGCACAGGCCCAAAUAAGAUGGAGGAGCCAUGGGCAGCGCUGUUGGAGCGCCCCCUGGUGGCCAUGGUGGAGCAGCUUUUUUCCCACCUUCUGAAGAUCCUCAAUAUCUGCGCACACGUGCUGGAUGAUACACCACCCGGACCAGCAGUAAAGGCCACCCUCCCAUCCCUGAGCAACACCCCCUCCCUCAGUCCCAUCCGGAGAAAAGGCAAAGAGAAGGAUACUGCUGAGCCCAGCACUGUCCCUAUGAGUCCAAAGAAAAGCAAUGAGGUCAACACAGGCAGGCCAGCAGACAGCACUGGGUCAACGGCCAUCAACAAAUCUACCACCCUCGGCAGCUUUUACCACCUGCUGCCCUACCUCAAGCUCUACGAUGUCCUCAAAGCUACACAUGCCAACUACAAGGUGACACUGGACCUCCACAGUAGCCAGGAGAAGUUUGGAGGUUUCCUGCGUGCCACCUUAGACGUCCUGUCUCAGCUGCUGGAGCUGGCCACACUACAUGACAUCAGCAAGUGUGUGGAGGAAAUUCUUGGUUACCUCAAGUCUUGCUUCUCCAGAGAACCAACUAUGGCUACUGUUUGUGUACAACAGCUAUUAAAGACCCUGUUUGGAACCAAUCUGGCAUCCCAGUCUGAGGGCGUCCUGAGCGGACCCAGCCGCUCCCAGGGCAGGGCUCUCCGUCUUGGCUCUUCAAGCGUGCGACCAGGCCUCUAUCACUACUGCUUCAUGGCACCGUACACACACUUCACUCAGGCCCUGGCUGAUGCAAGUCUCCGUAACAUGGUGCAGGCUGAGCAGGAGCAGGACACUUCUGGAUGGUUUGAUGUGAUGCAAAAAGCUUCCAACCAGCUGAGAUCCAACAUUGCAAAUGCAGCACGCAACAGAGGAGACAAGAAUGCCAUCCACAACCACAUUCGUCUGUUUGAGCCACUGGUGAUCAAAGCUUUGAAGCAGUACACCACCAGCACAUCAGUGGCCCUGCAGAGACAAGUGCUGGACCUGCUCGCCCAGCUUGUGCAGCUCAGAGUCAACUACUGCCUGCUGGACUCGGAUCAGGUUUUCAUAGGCUUUGUCCUGAAGCAGUUUGAGUACAUUGAAGUGGGGCAGUUCCGAGAUUCAGAGGCCAUCAUUCCCAACAUCUUUUUCUUCCUGGUGCUGCUGUCUUAUGAGCGCUACCACUCCAAGCAGAUUAUCAGUAUUCCCAAGAUCAUCCAGCUGUGUGAUGGCAUCAUGGCAAGCGGCAGGAAGGCCAUCACACACGCCAUCCCAGCAUUGCAGCCAAUAGUUCAUGACCUGUUUGUCUUGAGGGGCUCAAACAAAGCAGAUGCAGGCAAAGAGCUGGAUACACAGAAAGAAGUUGUGGUCUCCAUGUUGCUCAGACUGGUACAGCACCAUCAGGUGUUGGAGAUGUUCAUCCUUGUACUGCAGCAGUGUCACAAAGAGAAUGAGGACAAGUGGAAGAGAUUGUCCAGACAGAUUGCAGAUGUCAUACUCCCAAUGAUUGCUAAGCAGCAGAUGCAUCUGGACUCUCCAGAGGCACUGGGAGUGUUAAACACUCUGUUUGAGACCGUGGCACCCUCCUCCCUCAGACCUGUAGACAUGCUCCUCAAGAGUAUGUUCACCAUCCCGGCCACUAUGGCAUCAGUAGCUACAGUCCAGCUGUGGGUGUCUGGUAUUCUGGCAGUGCUCAGGGUCCUCGUCUCGCAGUCCACUGAGGACAUUGUCCUCUCCCGGGUCCACGAGCUCUCACUCUCCCCACAUCUCCUGUCCUGCCACACAGUCCAUCGCCUGCACCAGCAACGCCUCUCCCUAAAUGACUUGCCUGCUGCUGACAUGCUUGUUAACCAGGAAGCUAAUGGUGAGGCACAGAAAGUCCCACCUGAGGAAACAUUUGCCAGGUUUUUGCUCCAGCUGGUAGGUGUGUUGCUGGAUGACAUUUCUUCCAGGCAGGUUAGAGUGGACAUUACAGAGCAGCAGCACACCUUCUACUGCCAGCAGCUGGGCACACUGCUCAUGUGCCUCAUACACAUCUUCAAAAGUGGGAUGUUUCGAAGGAUAACAGCUGCAGCCAGCCGUCUCCUGACAGGUGAGGGUGGUGGUGGACAGGCUGGACCUGAAGAGGGCCUCUUCUACACCUUAGAAGAGCUGAACAGCACGGUGCAGUCUCUCAUCACCACCCACCCUUCCCUGGUUCUGCUCUGGUGCCAGGUCCUCCUCAUUAUCAACUACACUAACUACUCCUGGUGGGCUGACAUUCACCAGACUCCCAGGACACACAGCCUCUCCUGCACAAAGCUGCUGAGCCCUUACUCCCCAGGGGAAGGCGAAGAAGAGAAGCCAGAGUCCCGGUUAGCAAUGGUCAAUAGAGAGAUCGUACGCAGGGGAGCCCUCAUCCUUUUCUGUGACUAUGUGUGUCAGAACCUCCAUGACUCAGAGCAUUUGACCUGGCUGAUUGUCAACCAUGUGCGUGACCUCAUCAGCCUUUCCCAUGAGCCUCCAGUUCAGGAUUUCAUCAGUGCUGUGCACCGCAACUCAGCUGCCAGUGGCCUCUUCAUCCAGGCCAUCCAGUCUCGCUGUGACAACCUCACUACACCUACCAUGUUGAAGAAGACACUGCAGUGUUUGGAAGGAAUUCACCUGAGUCAGUCUGGCUCCCUGCUGAUGCUAUAUGUGGACAAGCUGCUCAGUACACCCUUCAGGGUUCUGGCUCGCAUGGUGGACACACUGGCCUGUCGCAGGGUUGAGAUGCUGCUGGCUGAGACACUACAGAACAGUAUAGCUCAGCUGCCAGUUGAAGAACUGGACAGGAUCCAGGAAUACCUUCAGACCAGUGGCCUGGCUCAGAGGCAUCAGAGAUUCUACUCCCUGCUGGACAGGUUCAGAGCCACUGUUGCCGACACCAGCAGCCCCACCCCACCUGUGACAUCACACCCCUUAGAUGGCGAUCCACCCCCUGCCCCUGAACGGGUCAUUGCAGAUAAGGAGUGGUACAUGGCUCUGGUGAAGUCUCAGUGCUGUCUUCGUGGAGAUGUUUCCCUGCUGGAGACUACAGAACUUCUCACCAAACUACCUCCUGCUGAUCUCCUCGGCAUAAUGAACUGCAAGGAGUUCAACCUCAGCCUGCUGUGUCCAUGCCUGAGUAUAGGGCUGCAGCGGUUAGCACGGGGUCAGGGGUCACUCUUGUUGGAAACCACCUUGCAGGUGACCCUAGAGCAACUGGCAGGAGUCACUGGGUCACUUCCUGUUCCACACCAGUCCUUCCUGCCUCCCUCCCUGCCACAACCAUACUGGGAGCAACUGGCUGAUGUGUAUGAUGAGCCAGGUUUCUAUCCCCGGGUUCUGUCACUCUGCAGAGCUCUGUCUCAGUACCUGCUGAGUGUGAGUCAGCUGCCUUCCUCACUGCAUAUUCCCUCUGAUAAAGAAGACCUCAUCACCACUUUUACCUGCACUGCCACUGAGGUGCUAGUGUGGCGUCUGCUCCAGGACCAGUUGCCCUUAAGUGUGGACCUGCAGUGGGCUCUGUCCUGCCUGUGUCUGGCCUUGCAGCAGCCUUGUGUCUGGAACAAGCUGUCAACCCCAGAGUACACCACACACACCUGCUCCCUCAUCUACUGCCUACGCCUUAUCAUUGUUGCAGUGGCUGUGAGUCCUGGCGACCAGCUGCUGCAUCCAGAGAAGAAAAAGACGAAGACAGAAGGAGACCAAGUAGAUUCUACACAUGCUGAGCACAUGUAUCAGUGGCAAGCAUGUGAGAUCAUGGCAGAGCUGGUGGAAGGCCUGCAGAGCAUCCUUUCCCUGGGUCACCACAGAAACCGUGUAUUGCCACCUUUUCUCACACCAACAUUGCGCAACAUUGUCAUAAGUCUGUCUCGACUACCUCUGGUCAACAGCUAUACCCGAGUGCCUCCACUGGUUUGGAAACUGGGCUGGUCCCCUCAGCCAGGAGGAGAGUUUGGCACAAAGCUGCCUGAGAUCCCUGUUGACUUCCUGCAGGAAAAGGAUGUCUUCAGAGAGUUUCUCUAUCGCAUCAACACAUUGGGAUGGAGCAGCAGGACACAGUUUGAGGAGACAUGGGCCACUCUGCUGGGGGUGCUGGUCACGCAACCCAUCACUAUGGACCAGGAGGAGGAGGCGCAACAGGAGGAGGACUUAGAGCGCACACAGUUGAAUGUGUUAGCAGUGCAGGCCAUCACCAGCCUGGUGCUGAGUGCCAUGACCCUGCCCGCUGCUGGCAACCCAGCAGUGAGCUGUCUGGAACAGCAGCCUCGCAACAAGAGCCUCAAAGCUCUGGAAACACGGUUUGGAAGGAAACUUGCAAUGAUCAGGGGUGAGGUGGAGAGAGAGAUUCAGGCUCUUGUGUCAAAAAGAGACAAUGUCCACACACACCACCCGUACCACACCUGGGACCCUGUGCCCUCACUGUCAGCAGCAUCCCCAGCAGGUACACUGAUCAGCCAUGAGAAGCUGCUGCUUCAGAUCAAUACAGAGAGGGAGAUGGGCAACAUGGACUAUAAACUCGGACAGGUCUCCAUCCAUUCAGUGUGGUUGGGGAACAACAUCACUCCUCUGAGGGAGGAAGAAUGGGGUGAGGAUGAAGAAGAUGAGGCAGACAUUCCUGUGCCAACCUCCCCACCUUUAUCUCCCAUCAAUUCUAGGAAGCACCGUGCAGGUGUGGACAUUCACUCAUGUUCUCAGUUUCUCCUGGAGCUUUACAGCCAAUGGCUGAUCCCUGGUUCACUGAGUAACAGGAGGAUCCCAACCAUCCUCAUCAGUGAAGUGGUCCGAUCGCUGCUGGCAGUGUCUGACCUGUUCACAGAGAGGAACCAGUUUGACAUGAUGUUCUCCACCCUGAUAGAAUUGCAGAAGCUCCACCCACCUGAGGAUGAGAUUCUUAAUCAGUACCUGGUGCCUGCCAUUUGCAAAGCUGCUGCUGUACUGGGCAUGGACAAAGCAAUAGCUGAGCCUGUGUGUCGACUGUUGGAGAUGAACUUGCGCAGUACCCACCUGCCAAGCCGCAUGGGGGCUCUGCAUGGAGUGCUGUAUGUGUUGGAGUGUGACCUGCUGGAUGACACAGCCAAACAGCUCAUCCCCAUUGUCUCGGAGUACCUGCUGUCCAACCUCAGGGCAAUAGCUCACUGUGUGAACCUACAUAACCAGCAGCAUGUGUUGGUGAUGUGUGCAGUGGCCUUUUACAUGAUAGAGAACUACCCUCUGGAUGUAGGAGCUGAAUUCAUGGCUGGAGUCAUACAGUUGUGCGGUGUGAUGGUGUCGGCCACCGAAGACUCCACUCCCUCCAUCAUCUAUCACUGCGUGCUGCGUGGUCUGGAGCGCCUCCUGCUGUCAGAGCAGUUGACGCGAGUGGAUGGAGAAGCACUGGUCAAACUCAGUGUCGACCGAGUCAACAUGACGUCGCCGCACAGAGCCAUGGCCGCGCUGGGACUCAUGCUCACCUGCAUGUACACUGGCAAGGAGAAAGCCAGCCCAGCCAGUCGCCCCACCCACUCUGAUCCUCAGGCCGCAGACAGCGAAUCAGUCAUUGUUGCCAUGGAGAGGAUCUCUGUGCUCUUCGACAGGAUCAGGAAAGGUUUACCCAGCGAGGCUCGAGUGGUGUCCAGGAUUCUGCCGCAGUUCCUGGAUGACUUCUUCCCGCCACAGGAUGUCAUGAACAAGGUCAUCGGGGAGUUCCUGUCCAAUCAGCAACCUUACCCACAAUUCAUGGCCACUGUUGUCUACAAGGUUUUCCAGACACUCCAUGCUACUGGUCAGUCAUCUAUGGUGCGAGACUGGGUGCUGCUAUCCUUGUCCAAUUUCACUCAGAGGACACCGGUGGCCAUGGCCAUGUGGAGCCUCUCCUGCUUCUUCGUCUCUGCUUCCACUUCCCAGUGGAUCUCAGCCCUACUGCCACACGUUAUCAGCCGAAUGGGCUCCAGUGAAGUGGUGGACGUCAGCCUGUUCUGCCUGGUGGCCAUGGAUUUCUACCAUCACCAGAUUGAUGAAGAGCUGGACCGCCGGGCUUUCCAGUCUGUCUUUGAGACUGUGGCCUCGCCAGGCAGCCCUUAUUACCAGCUGCUGGGCUGUCUGCAGUCAAUCCACCAGGAUACAUCAUUGUGAGAGCAACGGAUUGAGAUGGACACAGGCUCAGAGAUAGGAGUGGGGUGGGAAUUAGAUUUCCAUGUACACAUCCUCGUUGUGUUGUGGGGAACAGCAGAAUGAUUUUCCAAAAAAAUAAUUACAACCCUACUGUAGCCUCAUCCAUUUCCUACCUUUUCAGAAAAUAAGUACAGCUACAGAAGUCACCCCAUAAAAAGAAAAAAUCUAGCGAGAUCUGAUUCCAUGUCAGAUUUAGUCAAUAUGUAAAAUGACUGUCUCUGAAUAGGAAGAGUGAGCUCCUGCACCUGUAUGGACGACACUGGCUGCAAAACUUUGGAGGAAGUUCUGUCUCUAACCACAGCCCACCCCAUAGACCAUUGCUCAAGAUGAACAACAGCACCUUGAACACUUCCUGCUACCCAGCACCUUGAUUUAAAAAAAAAAAAAAAAAA